CCUAUUCUCUUUCUUGACGUCCUCAGUGGUCUGUUGCAGUUCCCUAUUCUCUUUCUUGACGUCCUCAGUGGUCUGUCGCAGUUCCUGAUUAUCCUUCUUAAAGUUCAGUUGCUGUUUCAGACUAUCCUUCUUAAUGUCUCUGAAGUUCUGUCGCAGUUCCUGAUUCUCUCUGAAGAGGCUCUGUGUAACGGAUGUGUGACAGUGUCUGCUAUGUGCUCAGGGAUGUCU